UCACCGGAACUAGGUUCAUCGUUUGGCGGGUCACCGGGUGUGGUUUAUCGAUUCACUAGCUCAGUUACCUUCGAUUUUGGCGAUAAUUGUUUGCAUAAAAUUCAAUUUAAUCCCACUUAAUCAACAUGGAAGAAUCCGACAGAGAAGAUCUGAUAUACACCGCUAGAUUGGCCGAACAAGCCGAGAGAUAUGAGGAUAUGGUGGAGGCCAUCAGUCAGCUGGUGAAGCGCGGUCAUCAGCUCACACCGGAGGAGCGUAACCUGCUCUCCGUCGCUUACAAGAACGUCAUCGGCGCACGACGGUCUGCAUGGCGGACGAUCAACACGGAACAGGAUAAAGAGAUGGCCAAGCCGGAGGGCAAAGGGGAUCCCUUCAAAAUCGCACUAGCCAAGGAAUACCGUAUUGAGAUAGAGAAGGAAUUAUCGGACACCUGCUACAAGAUCCUAAAGGUGUUAGACGAGCAUCUAAUCACAAACACAAAAGAAGAUGAUUUUGAGUCAAAGGUCUUCUACCGUAAAAUGAAAGGGGAUUACUUCCGCUACCUGUCCGAGUUCAGUGAUGGAGACAAAAGAAAAGAGCAGUCUGAGAGCAGCCUUGCCGCUUACAAAGAUGCCGCAGCAGACGCUGAUAAUCUGAUUGCCACACAUCCCAUCCGACUUGGUCUGGCGCUCAACUUCUCCGUAUUCCACUACGAGAUCAUGAAUAACCCGGAAGCAGCAUGCAAGCUGGCCAAAGACACCUUCGACGAUGCAUUGAAGGAACUGGACAAGGUCCCUGAAGAUAACUACAAGGAUUCCACGCUGAUUCUGCAGUUGCUAAGAGACAAUCUGACCCUCUGGACGUCAGAGGGGGAGUCCGAUGAAACCAAAUUAGAAGACGUUGAAGACCAACAACAAGAAUCUUAAACUAGCAUUAUUAUACAGGUCAAUGGGGAGACGGAUCAAAUAGGAAGAGACUUCUAGGCUGUGGACCAUCAACCCGGACAUUCCUUCAAUUUUUUUAGAAAGGAAACUCCUCGCCCUUGGAUGAACGCUUCCAUAAAACGAAGCAAACCCUGUCAGUCUCCUCUACUUGGAUCUGCCUAAAAUAUUUAAGGUUUUUUUGUUUUUGUAUACUAUAAUCCAUAAUUACUGUUUCUACGUCAAAUAAACAAAAAGGGAGUGGGAUUCAGUUAAUGUGUCGCUACAUUUUCAUAAUUAAUACUCCACUCUAAGGGUGUUCUUACAAAAUAUUUGUCUCAGGAAGAGCUUUGCUUUGUUCAGCUGGUUCUUAGAGCUCUGCUUGUUUCAGCUUGUUCUUUUCUGCACAGUUGUGAAUCAUGAAUGGCUUUAAAGCUUGAUUUUGUGGAAAUACUUAAAAGAAGGAAGUGAAUUUCGUUAACGCGAUACCUCCCAAAUCCUUCAGUAUCCUAUUUUGCGAAAUGAAGGGUUGAGAAAAACUGAGGGCUGUAGUCCUUAUGACGAUUGCUUAUCGCUCUGUCAGGCAUUUCAAUCGUAUCCAACUCUAGACAUGAGCCGAAUUUCAUAAAGCUGUUAAGCAGAUAAUACUGCUUGACAAAUUUCUUUGCGAAGCAAAUCUUUAGUGGGGCACCA